ACUCCGAUAUAAACGUCACUCCACCCCCACUAGCUCCAUCAUAUCUUACAUCGACCCCAUAGUCGUCGAAGUGUAAGAUCACCACCGUCCAUCUUCUUCUUCUCCUUCACGGCUCCUGCUCAACUCAACUCCUCGAAAUGCGUGAGUGCAUCUCCAUCCACGUUGGUCAGGCCGGAGUCCAGAUCGGUAACGCCUGCUGGGAGCUGUACUGCCUGGAACAUGGGAUCCAGCCGGACGGACAGAUGCCCAGUGACAAGACCAUCGGAGGAGGAGACGACUCCUUCAACACCUUCUUCAGUGAGACCGGAGCAGGAAAGCACGUCCCCAGAGCCGUCUUCGUGGACCUGGAGCCCACUGUCAUCGAUGAAGUUCGCACUGGAACCUACCGCCAGCUGUUCCACCCUGAGCAGCUGAUCACUGGGAAGGAAGAUGCUGCCAACAACUACGCCCGUGGACACUACACCAUCGGCAAAGAGAUCAUUGACAUUGUGCUGGACAGGAUGCGCAAACUGGCCGACCAGUGCACUGGUCUUCAGGGCUUCCUGGUCUUCCACAGCUUCGGCGGUGGCACCGGCUCUGGCUUCACCUCCCUGCUGAUGGAGCGUCUGUCUGUAGACUACGGCAAGAAGUCCAAGCUGGAGUUCUCCAUCUACCCCGCCCCCCAGGUGUCCACCGCUGUGGUGGAGCCCUACAACGCCAUCCUGACCACCCACACCACCCUGGAGCACUCUGACUGUGCCUUCAUGGUAGAUAACGAGGCCAUCUAUGAUAUCUGCCGCAGGAACCUGGACAUCGAACGUCCCUCCUACACCAACCUGAACAGGCUGAUCAGUCAGAUUGUGUCCUCGAUCACUGCUUCCCUCCGUUUCGAUGGUGCCCUCAACGUGGACCUGACCGAGUUCCAGACCAACUUGGUGCCAUAUCCCCAUAUCCACUUCCCUCUGGCCACCUAUGCCCCUGUCAUCUCUGCAGAGAAGGCCUACCACGAGCAGCUCUCCGUGUCUGAGAUCACAAACGCCUGCUUCGAGCCGGCCAAUCAGAUGGUGAAAUGUGACCCUCGCCACGGUAAGUACAUGGCCUGCUGCCUCCUGUACCGUGGAGAUGUGGUGCCCAAAGAUGUCAACUCAGCCAUUGCCACCAUCAAGACCAAACGCUCCAUCCAGUUUGUGGACUGGUGUCCCACUGGAUUCAAGGUCGGCAUCAACUACCAGCCGCCCACUGUGGUUCCUGGUGGAGACCUGGCCAAGGUCCAGAGGGCCGUGUGCAUGCUGAGCAACACCACCGCCAUCGCUGAGGCCUGGGCUCGGCUCGACCACAAGUUUGACCUGAUGUACGCCAAGAGGGCCUUCGUGCACUGGUAUGUGGGUGAGGGUAUGGAGGAGGGGGAGUUCUCUGAGGCCAGGGAGGACAUGGCCGCUCUGGAGAAGGAUUACGAGGAGGUCGGAGUCGACUCCAUCGAGGGAGAGGGAGAGGAGGAAGGAGAAGAAUAUUAAAAGGAACACACAGGCAUUAGUUCAACAGAAAAUAAAUUGAGUGCAAUGUGUUCCUGGAAUCCUUCCAAUCAGAAAUGUUUGAUCAAUUACCAGUUUUGCUGCUCAGAUUCCUGAAAAUGUAAAAUUGGGCUUUGUUCAAAAUAAAGUUUCUGUCACAUGUGAA